AUGACUUCUGAAUCGACUCGAUUUCAGGUUGUCACGUUUGCGGACAUGCAAGCUGGACUCUCAAAGAUAUCAUUUCUCGAUCAGAACAGUGCCCGAGAGCACUUUGCAGAUGUCUUUUAUAGACAGAAGUCCCUCCCUGAGAAUGGUGAGGAAGAGGCGGACCCGGAGGUUGAAGAAUAUGGCAUGCGUGUCACUUGGGGUGGCAAGGACAUCAAGUGCUCUAUUGAGCCUCAGUUUUUCUGCGAGAUUCGAGAUGAUGUCGCGAAUGUGAGACUUGCUGAAAGGAAAGAUCGCUUGUUUGUUCACCGGUUGCUGCUCACGUUGGAGCCGAACCCUUAUGCUGUUCUUUCCUUCAUGGCGACCGACUGGGUUCGGUUGCACGCCAUCUGGUCAAAGGGAGACUCCAGUGAUGGUCCUGGCGAGUUUGAUUUGAAAGGCCGACUCAUUUCACCUCAGGGGUCUGGCCGGCAAGUUGGCGAGCUCUUAGACAUUUCUCUCGUCAAGGGCUGGCUCGACAAGUGCGAGAAAGAGCAUGGAGAUAAGUGUUGCAACCCGGCCUGGCUUGCUGGAAGCGAUGACACUUGGCUUGAGCCAUUCAGAGCUAUCGAUGUUAAGGAACGUCGGGUUGUGAACCUGCCUGCUCAAAGCCGGUACAUUGCUCUCAGUUACGUUUGGGGAGCGGGCAGCCAGGCGCAUCAACAACAGAUCCAAAGGCGGUUGACGAACGAGAACUUUUCUCGGCUUACUCGUGUCAACGGUCUUGAUGAGGUGUCUCUUCCUAAAACAGUGGAGGACGCCAUAGAGUUCACGUCCAAGAUGGGAGAGCGAUAUCUCUGGGUUGACGCUCUGUGCAUCAUCCAGGAUGAUAUUAAGGACCUGAGCCAUCAGACGUCGCGGAUGGAUCUGGUAUACUCCCGGGCUCUUCUCACAAUCAUUGCUGCUUGCGGAGACGAUUCACAAUCCGGACUGUCUGGUCUUCCAGGGCGAGGACGCGACAUCUUUAAACGCUCAGUCCGUCUAUCUCUAGAAGGAUUCCAUCUUGCACCCACCGCCGGCCUGUUCGUCAAUGCUCCCCUCGAGAGAUCCACUUGGAACACCCGUGGGUGGACAUUUCAAGAACGCAUCUUGUCUAGACGCAUCGUGGUGUUUACCCCGUCCCAGGUCUUUUGGGUCUGCGAAAAUGCCAUGUGGGAUGAGGAGGUGAUACUUGAACUUCCAAAGCCUCGAGCACGAGUUUUAUCCUUGGCUUUUGGAUGCAACGACGAGUGGGAUGAUGGAGAUCCCAAAUUCUCCAGAGAGGCGCUGGCCACGUACAUUUUGCAGUUUAGCCUCCGCGAGUUCACUUUCUCUGCUGACGCGCUGCCUGCCUUUUUGGGUGUUGUACGUCGCUAUGAGCACUUGAAUAACGAAAUGAUACACUGGGGUAUCCCAACGGGGCUGUUUGAUCAAGCCCUUACAUGGAAGGCUGGGACGUCGCGUCGAGAGGAGAUGCAUCGAGUUGUGUGUGGCGAUGGCCAGGUUCGAGAGGUGAAGUACCCCAGCUGGUCAUGGCUCGGCUGGACGGGACUCAUCAGCCCAAUUCUGCACAACCAUCACCUCUGGGGAAAGACAAACAUGGGAGAGACGGGUGCGGAGCUGCUCUUUUACCGGCUGCUAAGUGAUGGUGAAGUUCGGCUUGUUAAGGGGCUUGGGCAAGCUGGCGAUUCUUGUCUUAAGUGGAAGGGAGAGAGUGUGGUGAAGGGUCCGAUUGCUACUGACGACUCGAUUGUCUCAAAGAUGGAGAGCAUUGGCAUCUCCGAGGAAGACAGACAUGUCACACCCGCGUAUGACACUGGCCGUCUUGUUUUCUGGACUAGCCAUGCUGUGGCCAAGGCCAAAGUUGGGGAAGAUAAGCUCCUGUUACACGUCCAGGACCAGGUACUCGAGCUGAAGGCGUCUUUCAGUCAGAGCUUUCAAGAUGUUUCCCGCUACGAGGAAGAUGGAUCAAGUUUGAAACCAGCUGAGGAAACACAGACUGUGGAUUUGAUCUUUAUAUCUCGAUCCUAUGAGAUUGCCAACGCUAGGGAGACAGGGAAGCUGAAUGUCUUGGUUGUCGAGCAAAGCGUGCCUGGUUCGGGCAUUUGGAGUCGGGUUGGGGUGGCUGUUGUUGAGGAGAUGGAUUGGCGGUUAAUCGUACCAUUUAAUUUGCCCAUCUCUCGCCCCGUCGCUCGGCCGCCAGGCUCGCUCAUCAUGGGUCCCAGAAGCGAUCAAGACGAUGCCAAGACGGAGGUUUCAACAAGUGCUGCCUCCAUCUUGACACCCCCAUCAACCACCAUCACGGCCGAUGACCCCCGCUACAGCCGCAGCUACCAGGUUCCCUGGCCUGGCAACACGUACAUGAUCAUCGAAAAGGACACCGACCGUGCCAUUACCCUCACGAGCACCGGCCUCUAUCUCCAAGAUAUUGAGAAAGACCCCAACGCCAACAACCACUGGCUAUGCGUCGAUAGCCACAACUACAUUGGAUUUUUCAACACAAAGGCCAGGGUGUACAUGGGCCACGAUGGCGGCAACGGCAUGCUUGCAUCUGCUAGAGUUCUGAAUGACUGGGAGCUGAUGGUGCCGCGGCAUCAUCCCGAUGGUGGCUAUCAACUGUUGAUGCCGUACUGGUCUAGUGCGAUGAUGAUGGCUACCGCUGAGGAGGAUGGGGAAAGAGUGUUGAGGACCAAGCAUGGAACGACUCUGUGGCAAUUUGUUCAAGUCUAG